GUAGCAGAAGGUACUCCGUGCCUCUCGCGGCGACCUCGGGCUGUUUGGUGGUGUCCUAGUCUGGUGCGUGACUCCGCCCCCGACCCCGCGAGUGGACCGUCUUCGGCAGCCGCGCGCUCGCUCGCGCGCGCGCGCGCACACCCAACCCGUCAGUCCUCGCUUGUCACCAGCCCGGUGUGUCCAGGGAGCCCAUGGAGCCGGCCCGCAGCGCGCCCCUGGGGGACAGCUCUGCCGAGGCGCUGCUGAGGGAUCUGGAGCGCCAGGUGCAGGAUGUGGUGCGGGCGAGCUCGUGGUGGGAGCGCCACGGGGUGGACUGCGCCAUCCUUGCUCUCAGCCUGCUCGCCGUGCCAGCGGGGUUCCUGUGCCUACGCUUCCAUAAUAUCCUGGCUUUUGCCACAGGCAUCACGAUCUUGGGUGUGUGUCAUUACACACUCACAGUCAAGGGCAGCCACCUGGCCGCUCACAGUGCUCUCACAGAGUCCAGACGCUGGAGCAAGAUCUUGAUGAUUUUCUUUAUGGAGGUAUGCACGGCCUUUCCUGCAGAGUUUGCUAAGUUCAAUCACGUCAACCUGCACCACGGUUACACCAACGUGUUGGGUCUGGGAGACUCGAGCACGUGGAGGUUGCCUUUCCUCAACCGCUAUAUCUACAUGCUCCUUGGACCACUUUUAAUCCCCAUCAUAACUCCGCUGGUAGCUCUUGAGCAUUUGAGGAAGGAGAAGCUGAGGACUGCACUUCGGACACUGGCCUUCAUGUCCCUGGGCCUGUAUUCUCAGUAUUGGCUGUUUCUGAGCGUGUCAGGCUUCCAGAGCCCUGGUUUGGCACUGGCCUGCAUGCUGCUCACCAGAUCCCUGCUGGCGCACCCCUAUCUCCACGUCAACAUCUUCCAGCACAUCGGAUUGCCCAUGUUCUCCCCGGACAAGAAGCCCAGGCGUAUUCACAUGAUGAGCCUGGGGGUGCUGAACCUGCCACGGCAGCCGGUGCUGGACUGGGCCUUCGGCCACUCACUCAUCAGCUGCCAUGUGGAGCACCACCUUUUCCCUCAGCUCUCUGACCACAUGUGCCUGAAGGUGAAGCCCUUGGUUUCAAAGUUUCUUCAUGACAAGCAGCUGCCCUAUAACGAGGACUCAUACCUGGCUCGAUUCCAGCUGUUCCUUAACUGCUAUGAGGAGUUCAUGGUGCUCACCCCGCCCAUCACGGAGCUGGUGGGACUGCAGUGAAGGCUGGGGCCCUCCUGUGGCCAGUCCUGGCCCUCCGAACUGAUGGCCCUGGGGGGAUGGGUGGAGUUGGAACGUGGUGGUCUCAGGUGGAUAGGGAAGUAGAGCAGGUUGUGCCUGAUGUGCUGGGGGUCUCCUGCUGUUUGCUUCUCUGGGAUUGAGUGUGGGCUAGGGUGCUGGGAGAUAGGAUAAAAGCUUCCCUAGCUGCAUCGGGCUGUGCACCCCAUUCACCUAGGCCUCAGGUGACUCCAUCUCAGGUCCCUCUCUCUGCUGCAUCUGAGCCAGGGUAGGGAGAAGGGGGCUGGUGACAGAUGAGGUGGGAUCCUAGUCCAGGUGGAGUGGGUACAGAAAAAGGACCAGCCUCCUGGUGCCUAUGAGCCGCACGCCUCUUAUGCUGCUGCUUCCUUCUGUACCUUCUGAGUCACAGUGCCCCAGGACCCUCUCCCUGCUGCCAACAGAGUGAGGUCAUUGAUUUUUUACUCUUAUUUUUUAAGCAGACACCCCUAGCUCUUCAACUCAAGGAGCCUGUGCCACACUGGGCUCAGCAGCCCCAGGACCCAUAGGAUCAGUGAGAUAAAAGCAAGUGUAUUUCCAGAGAGGUACCCCAGAAGGGAGCAAAUGCAGGCACAAAACUGGAGAAAGCUUUGCAUGUGACCUUGGAGAGCUCUAGCCAUCUCUGCUUUGUUCCAUGUUUGGAAGGAUCCAGACUGGGAGGCGACAGAGGCUGGAGGAGGUGAACUGGAACUGGGCCGGGAGGGCAGUUCCAGGGCUAAAAAAUGGGGGGAUGGGCGGGAUGAGCCAGGAGAGUUGAAGAUGAGGCUUGGCUGGGUGGGAACAUGAGGGAAGCACUGAUGCCAAACCUAGGAGGAAGCCCAGCUGGGGGACAACACUGUGAUACAACCGAGGCAACCGAGAGAGGCUGGGGGCCCGCCUCAGCCAGGGGAUGGAGCAGAGGUUCCCAGUUGCACCCAAGUGGAGACUGAGGGAGGGGCAGAUGCGGUUAGACCUGCACCAGGCCAGGACAGUUAGUUCAUAACCUAGCCUCUCACCUCAGCCCUACUGACAUUUUAUUUGGCUGCUUCUUGGCAGGCUGGGAUGACCACUGACUAGACCGUGAUAAUCAAAAGUGUCUCCUGAUAUAGCCAAUUGUCUUCCAAGUGGGAAAAUAACUGUCCUUGAUUGAAAGCAUACAAGCCAUUCUUUGAGCGCCUAAUUGCUUUUUCAGUUAGAUCACUGGCUGGAAGGGUGUACUGCCCCUUUCAGCCAAAUGCUAGCAGAAGGGAACCCAUGGGAUGGGCAGGCAACUGGGAAGACUGGCCUUUUGGGGUCGGGAUGUGCUAUCUUCACCUGGCCCUCCCCUCCAGCUGUGGUACUUGGGUGGCCUUUCCCUUGGGCUCCUUCUGGUCAUGGCCUGACUUGGCAGUGGCUUCUGGCUGCUGUUGACCCCUGGGUGCUUGCUUCUCUGCCUCCCCAGCUCUGCUCAGAGUUCCUCUUCACAUGCUCUUAGCUCAUUCCUUUUGAGUGUGUCUGUCCCCUGCUGGGAGGUUCACUCCACAGCCAUUUUGGAUCCAAGCCACCCUCUUGGAAUGGGGUGGAUUUGGCAGUUGCCACCACCUCCUGCUUUAUAUGUUGUCGCUGCUCAUUUGAAAUGCAUUAGCACUUCAUAAGGGGCCUUAAGGUCAGAGAGUGCGAUUUAUCGAACUGCAAAUUCUCCCUAUCAAAAAUGCAAUGUCAGAAAAGGGUCCUGGCAGCAUACCGUAAGCUAAUGAUUAAAACUAUCCAAAUAUACCA